UGGGGCCUGAAGGUGCACAGAUAUCGUCACACAGGUGUGAAACGAUUCGAGUGUGACCUGUGCAAGUCACGAUUCAGCGUGAAAACGAAGCUGGCCAAGCACAUUUACGGCCACAUCGGGGAAAAACCGUACAAGUGCGAUUUCUGCGGUCGCCAAUAUGGCGAACGUUACCAAUUGAAGGCACACAAAUGCGGGAACCCGUCCAAGACGAGGAUCGAUAGAUCGUUCGCCGACUCGAUCACCCAGAUCGUCUUCUUCCAUCCAAAAUCGACCAACAUCUCGUUCGAUUCGAGUACAAAGAGUUUUAUCCAACUGUGAGGGAACGCGUUGAGUCGACGAAUCUCGCCCAUAAUAAAAAAAAAAGUGAAUUGAUUGAUAGCGGAUGGAUCGGUUCGUUACUUUCGACACGUUGAAAGAAGAAACAAAAUGUGCGUGCAUGUGUGUGUAUGUGUGUGUUUGUGUAUAUAGGUUGUUCGUUUUGUACGUUCGAUUUGUACAAUACAAAUGCAAGAAAACUCGAGAUUUGAUUAAUUUAUAUAAAUAAGGAGGGGAUUAAAAAAAGAAUUCGUUCCCGUAUAGAAUAUAAUAU